GCGUUUAAUCUCUCCGUGCAUUAAUUGGCAGCAGUUUCCUGGAUACUCGGUUACUCCUGCAUCACCCAACAGCAAACAAAGCUUCUCCUCGGCCGGCGAGUGUUCAGGGAGUGCCGGGGCAGCGAUGGAGCCGCGGAGGACACGGACGGGUGACUCCACGCACACCUCGGGUUUGGUGUGAGAGGCGUCAGCGGGUCCCACAUGGAUACCAACCAUACUCCGGCCAGCCCACCCAUCUACCUGGCCAGGCCUUCGACGGCAGGGCUUAUUGAGCUCCACGUGUACCACGUGCCGGACGAUGUAUGGAAUCCCAGAUUAAAUAAAGUUCCCAUCGAGGCCAUCGGUAGCUUCAUCUCCAUGGGAUUUAUUAGAGCGCCUCCGGACAUGAAGCUGAGGACCCUGCGCGAGAGACUUGGAGAGUUUCUGGGGGAGGACGCAGCGAUUGACAAGUUCUCUUUCCUGAAAUGCGUUGGGAGAAGCCUGGCCGUGGUUAAAGGGAAGCAAGAGUUAGAGUUGAAGGUGAAAUCGUUUGCCCCACCGCAGGCCAGUCAGCCGGAGCUCUACCUGCUCCCAGGAGUGGAGAGCGAGGGGAGCUCCUAUGGGUCAUCGGUAACUCCGGAAGGACAGAGAUACAACGUUGACCGCUCUGGGUUUGGGGUCGCGUUGCCACGGCAAAACGUUCCCCCAUGGGAUCAGAGCCCCCCCGUUACUGAAAGCCACGAGAAGACUCCCAGAGCGGCUCCCAGAGAAGAGGAUACGAGCUUCAUCUCCAACAGGGGCCAAGCGGAGGCCACGGCGCCCUACCAAGGACUGAGCACAGAGAAGCGGGGGACGGACAGAGAUCAAAUCUCCAUCGUCAGGCGUGUGAAGGACGGCGGCCGCGUCUCUCACGUCACGGAGAAGCCGCCGGCGGCAGGAAGCGCGGAGAGCGACUCGGGGAUUUCCGAGGCGUUUCACGGCCCAGACGUGGGAAAUGAACCCCGGAAACGUGCAGAGCAGGCUGUGCCUGCAGAUGAGACGCAGCUUGGAGCGAGCAGAGCUCUGCCAAAGCCUGCGCGGUACCGCUCUCCGCCGACCCCUCCACCUCCACUGGCCUUUCCCCCCAUCCAGUCUCCUCCGCCAGUCAUCCCAGAGCCGGAGGAGACGCUCCUUCGGCAAUUAGAGAAGAUGAGAGAAGAGCGGCUGAAGCUGGAGAAAUCCCGCGAGGAGCUGCUGAAGAAAACCAAGUCCUUGCUGGAGCAAUAUAAACUGAGGAGACAUCAAGUUCGGGAUUCAUGGAAAAAGAAAUAUUUUGAAACAAAGAAGGAGACGUCGUCGCUGGAGGACACGGUGAAGAGACUGCGCGUGGACUUAGAGAACUCCUACCAGAGGCUCCUGGCGCAGCUGGCGGCACGAGACGGGCGAAGACGUGCCAAGCACCCGGCGCUGGCAGACGGCUCAAAGAAUUCGGUAAUUAUGACGAUAACCAAUCGGCAGCAGGAACUGGAUCAGCUGAGGCGCCACGUGGAGAACGCGAGGAUCAAACUCCUCAUCGAGAUCAAGAUGCGGAAACAGGCGGCGUCCGACCUGAACGUCCUCAAAGCGCAGCUCGCCCAGAAGAAGGCCCAAUUGGCCACCGCCGCCCCCUCUGUCUUUGCCAUGUGAAGGGCCACAGAGAGAAUCGUAGCGGGAGGUCGAGGCGCUACAGCGGAACCUGCGCGGAAACCCUUUCACGGCCACGUUGUACUGACGGGUUCCGCGCCAAGCUCUUUGCUAUACGCGGAUUAAAAUAGACGCAAUGGGCAAAGGCUGAACUCAGGAUCCACUGCCUUGGAGAUCCACGCAGGAAAGGGUCAGAGGUGACGCUGCGGUGAUCCAGCGGAUUUCUGAGUUGGAGAAGCAGAGCAUGAGCUCCGUGACAGAGGGCCACGCUGGACGACAGGACCUGGAAACCCGUGACUUUAUCAGACACGCAGAAUCCCUUUUAUACGUGUUACGUCAGUAAAAAAGCAGUCAGUGCCACUAAUUUAUUAUUAUUUGCAGCACCACGGGGGCCACGCCUGACAAUAAUAUAUUUUUAAUAAAAUCAUUUC